AUGUCUUCAUCUAGCAAUUCUGAUCUUGCCACCAUUGUGGUUGGGUCUUCUAGGGAGCCCUUAUCGGGGUCUUCUUCCCCCGUAGACACUAUCCCUUCACUGCCCUCCCCUACUACUAGCGAGGAGGAUGGGGCUUCUAGUGACUCUGGUCCUAGUGGAGGACCCAGUACUUCGCCUGUUGCUGACCCUCCCAUGGACCUUCGAUCGGAUAUCAAUAUCUUUCAUGCUUACCUGCAAAAGAGGGCAGCUCAGGGUGGCUCAUCUUCUAGUGGGGAUGUUCCCGCGGCCUCUAGACCUUCCCCUACUGUAGCUGCUCGUGUCAACCGAAACCGGGGGGGGCUUCUGACGCUCUUAUUGUUCAUAGGUCCAGCAUCGUACUACCGAGGUGGUACUCCAUCUCUAGCAAAAAGCGUUCCAGGAGAUCCAGUAGACUCGCAAGUUGCGGAGCUUGUCAUUGGCAAGCCUGGACAGGGCGUCGGUCAUGGCACUCUCGAUCCUGGGAACCCGAACAAUCUCAAACUUCUCGAACCUCCGAUCAAUGCUCGAGCACGUGCUAGCGAUUCUGAUCUUGCCACCGUUGUGGUUGGGUCUUCUGGGGAACCCUCGUCGGGGUCUUCUUCCCCUGUAGACACUAUCCCUUCACUGCCCUCCCCUACUACUAGCGAGGAGGAUGGGGCUUCUAAUGACUCUGGUUCGAGUGGAGGACCCAGUACUUCGCCUGUUGCGGACCCUCCCAAUAAGUUAUCUCGGAUUUCUAGUGUUGUUGAGGCCUCGGACCUAGUUUCGCUUCGCCGAGAGUUUCAUACACCUCCCGAAAAUGGUGCUUCGUGCCCCUGGACCUAG